GCUUAUUGCCAACAUGUCCUUUGCAAAUGAUCGGCUGUUGGCUGUGACGCUGCUCUUGUGUCUCUUGGGAGUGGGCAACGCAGCACACAAUGCGACAGCAAGUCAACAGGAAAUGUAUUGCAAAACCGAACACUGUGGCGUUAGGAAUAUAGGAUGUCAUAGCUCCAAAGACAUGAGCCUUAUAUGCGCCCCGGAUGCCAAGAUGAUUAAUAUGUACACGUACAAGGCGCUUUUACUGCAUCAUUUCAACACCUUUCGCAACAAGGUGGCCUUGGGCUAUACACGCACCUUGCAUCCGGCCGGACGAAUGGCGCGGAUGACUUGGUCCAAGGAGCUGGAGAACUUUGCUAUAAUAUUCAUCAAGAAGUGCACGUUUUAUCCGCAUCCCUGCAUGUCUUCGUUAGAGUUUACAACCAUUGGCUGCAUCUACGACGGACUCACCUAUACGGGGAAUGUUCAUUUGCACAAGGUGCCGGAGAUUACGGAGGAGCUGCUCAACGGCUGGUUCGAGGAUGCACAUUACGUGACGCGGCAUAUGUCGAUGAGCCUGACUGUUGAUUUCCCUCAGCCAUCUGUGCGUCAGGUAGUGCUGCUCAUGGCGGACCGCAACACGCAUGUCGGCUGCAGCGGCUUGAGAUUCAAAACUGGCAUUUCAUAUCAAUUCAAUUUCGCCUGCGCCUUUGCCACCGACAAUAUGCUACUGAAGCCCAUCUACAGGCCUUGGGCUGAGGCUGGAGCCCUGUGCAAAGCUCGCGAUAAAAUCUACACAAAUCUGUGCGCUCUUGGCGAAUCUUACGACAAUAACCAUACGUACACGCCAGGCGAGCUGCUGCCCACUUCAGUGGAUUAUUUAUCUGGGAUAAGCGUAUGACAAGCCAGCCCGAUUUCGUGAUUUCGAUGGAAAGCUUCUUAAAUAAAGCGCAAUGUCAAAUUGUAUGAGCUAUGCUCAAUGGGCUAAGAAAAAUGUAAAAUGAAACUGAAAUCACGAAUCAGCUAAUGUCGGUAUCAGUAUUAUGAGGUAGCUUAAUUUUUUACUAAACCUUGAACCCACUGAAAAUAAAAGUUAUGGAUAUUCUGGUCUUGUUAAAAUAUAUGUAAUAUGCAGAUGCAGACGCGGCAAAUCCAAUAAGGCCGGCCGUCCGUCCGUUCUUCCGCCUAUUUCUCCUUCUGCCCAUUUGUUCGACCGUCUAUCAGUCAAUC